AUGUCAUCCAAUAUUGACUCGGAUCACAUCCCCUGCCCUACGUGCAACUGGACACCAGAUCAACGGCGUCGGUGCAGCUACAACAGCAAUAUUAAUCUAUUCUAUGGCGCAGGCGACCGAGGUGCCUGGUCUCUCGGCUCGAAAUUCAUACUCAAAGAUCGAGGGUGUAUUCCACCAAUUUACGAAUCGAUCAACGUCAAGUUCGUUAAAGAGAACACGACGAUCCCGACUCCCGCGGUGGUACACGAAUGGUCAGAAAACGAUCGCAACAUCAUGAUAGUCGAAAGAGUUCCAGGGAAAACACUAGAAGAAGUAUGGCCGAGCAUGACUGAAGCUCAGAAAGAAGCACUAGCAAAGAAAACAGUCGAGUACCUGUCUCAGCUGCGUCAGCUCCACGGGCCAAAAAUGCAAACCAUACAUGGUCAACCAUUGCACAAUGGUUGGCUUGUCGUAAAGAAUUCCAAAACCUCGCAUGGUCUCUUUACAUCGGAGGAUGAGCUGUUUGAUGCUAUAUCUGGAAACUUCAAAGAUACGCCGGAUGAGGUUGUUUCGCUUGUGAAAGGGCGAAUGCCAUCUCCUUUUCCUUGGACUUUUACGCAUGCAGAUCUCACGAUAUGUAACAUCAUGGUUGAUCCGGAGACAUGCGAACUUACUGGGAUUAUUGAUUGGGAGGCGUCGGGGUAUUGCCCUGUUUGGUGGGAUUACGUUGGACAAAUUGGCCUUAGUGAAGAAGAUACUGAAUGGAAGAGGCUUUUGCGUAAAAACAUGCAGAAUUUUUCCGGUGCUCUUGAGUGGUACAAGGAUGUGUAUGCUUGCAGAGACAGAAUGGAGAUGAGGGAGGAAAGAUGGGAGAAACUAAUGAUGGACGCUGGGCUGAGUAUUGAACCGCCGAACUGA